CCCACGUUGAGACUAUGCCCUUGCCCCCGACUGUCAUCGCCCGCUGCGUCUGUCUUCGGAUUAUCCUUGGACCCCCUCUUGCGCAGAAGUGUUCUUGCGGCUAAGGGCGGAGCUCGACUUGAUUGCAAAAUGGGAUUUGCUUAAAAGAUAUGACGCCACCACGGUUGGCUUGGAAUCAUUGUCUUCAGCAUUUGCAGAAGUUCACUCUUGCGAUAUUUGUCUUUCAUGAUGCAGAUCCCAACUCUCCCUUUGAGUCCGAUUGAUGCCACAAACAACCCUCCGGCAUGGUAUCUUUGGGUUCAAGAUGGACUCACAAUCGUGAUGGGCGUGCUUUGGAUCGUUGCGUAUAUACUUUAUAUGCGGCAAUCAUACCGGGAUCAUUCCUAUGGCAUGCCACUCUUAUCACUUUGCGCCAACAUAUCUUGGGAGCUUGUGUACGGAUUCUUCUACCCUCCAGGAGUGGCAGAAUUCGUCACUUUUGCGCCGUACUUCCUCGUUGAUCUAGGCCUAGUCUACACAACCCUUAAAUUUGGUGCCAACGAAUGGAAGCAAUCCGCAAUUGUCCAGAAGAAUCUGCCGUUGAUUGUCUUCAUUGGAAGCGCGGCACUGACAGCUGCGCAUUGGUGCUUCGCUGUCUUGUUCACGGAUAUCCACCAAGCCAGUUUCUGGAGUGGUUAUGCGUGUCAGAUCAUCGUCUCUUGGGCCGCAAUUGCACAGAUUGUUUCGCGGGCUAGCACGCGUGGUCAUACCCUAGCAAUUUGGUGGUUCCGAUUCACAGGCACUUUGUGCGCGACUACGGUCUUCCAAUGGCGGGCUUACUGGUAUCCUGGGGACUACGCAUAUAUUUACACGCCUGCAGCGACAUUUCUCUUCGUGGCUGCGGAGCUAGCCGAGGUGGUUUACCCGUUCGUGUUCAUGUAUGUCCGGAAACAUGAAGGUAACAAGACGAAACGAAGUUGA